GAAAAGUAAAGGACACCAAAAAAAUUCAUUCCCACCGCCCCGAGUUCAACCUCUCUGCUUCGAUUCUUCUUCCCAUAAAUAAACCCAUCGCUAUCCAUUUUGUUGGUUUCAAUUUGUUCUCCGAGUUUGACCGGUUGCGGAUUUGUAUGAGUGGAUCCGAAUUGUGGCGCAAGAAAGUUUCGAAAUCUCCUGUUGGUUUAGCGAAGAGGAAGUUGACGUGAGAAGAAGACUUUGCUGAGGGCAUAGAAGAAUGGCCAAUACUGCAGCAGCCUGUGCAGAGAGGGCAACCAGUGAUAUGCUGAUUGGUCCAGACUGGGCCAUAAACAUUGAGCUAUGUGAUAUUAUUAACAUGGACCCUGGGCAAGCAAAGGAGGCCUUGAAGAUACUCAAGAAGCGGCUUACAAACAAAAACCCCAAGAUUCAGAUUUUGGCUCUUUUUGCCUUGGAGACUCUUAGCAAAAAUUGUGGUGAGAAUGUGUUUCAGCAGAUUAUUGAGCGUGACAUCCUGCAUGACAUGGUUAAAAUAGUGAAGAAGAAGCCGAGCUUGGAUGUGAAGGAGAAAAUAUUAGUUCUAAUAGAUACAUGGCAAGAAGCAUUUGGGGGACCAAGGGGAAGGUAUCCCCAGUGCUAUGCUGCUUAUAAUGAAUUAAAGAAUGCUGGAGUUGAUUUUCCACCACGAGAAGAGAAUAGUGUUCCAUUUUUUACUCCACCUCAGACCCAGCCCAUUGUUAAUCAACCUGCUGCAAGCUAUGAGGAUGCUGUACUUCAUGCCUCUCUCGAUUCUGAUGUUUCUGGCCUGAGCUUGCCAGAGAUUCGGAAUGCACAGGGGCUUUCAGAUGUGCUAUUGGAGAUGCUUGGUGCUUUGGACCCUAAAAAACCAGAGGGCGUGAAGCAAGAACUGAUUGUUGACCUGGUUGACCAGUGCCGGUCUUAUCAAAAGCGUGUCAUGCUGCUUGUAAAUAGUACAGCAGAUGAAGAACUUUUAUGUCAGGGAUUGGCUUUGAAUGAUAGUCUGCAGCGAGUACUUGAACAGCAUGAUAAUAUUGCGAAUGGAACUACUACUAGGAACGCAACAGGAGCUGAAUCAUCAUCUCUUCCGAUUAUAAAUGUCAGCCAUGAUGAUGACGAAUCAGAAGAUGAUUUUUCACAGUUAGCUCGAAGAAAACCAGCCAGCAGUAAUACAGAAGGAACUCGUGUUGGCCCUCUUCUACCUCCUCCACCAUCAUCAAAGAGGCCUGUUGUUACAGGAGGCAGCGGCGUGGUUGAUUACCUCAGUGGUGAUGCUUACAAAUCAGAAGAAACAUCAGAAACCUCUCGUCCACCGUUCACAGUUCCAACUUCAACCCCGCCGUCUUCUUCUCCCCUUCCCCAUGUUGAACGCUCUAUCCCAUCACAGCCACUUCCCACUGGACAACCUGUGUAUGAUGAACCAGCUCCCACGAGCAGGUCUGCUGAUCCGCUGCCUCCAGCACAAUGGGGUUCACAGUCCCAAAGCUCCUUUCUUCCACCACCACCAUCAAAAUAUGAUCAGAGACAACAGUUUUUCGACCAACAAGAAACUCAUGGGUCAGGUUCGUACGAUAGUUUAGUCGGACAUGCACAGAGCCUCUCUCUCAAUUCACCAACCCCAACUAAGCAGGAAAAGCAAGAGGAUGUACUAUUUAAAGAUCUGGUUGAUUAUGCCAAAGCUAGGUCGUCUUCUUCGUCAAAGCCGAACCGAUCUUUGUGAACAUUUUGUUAAAAGAUGAAAUUAAUUGGUGUUGGGGUACAGAUUAUAAAGUUGCGUUUAGCCCAUCAGGUCUUGUGCACCAAAUUGGAGAUUUAUCAAUUACCAAAUUAUAUUUUGGAAUAGGAAGCCUGGUUUUUGGUUGUGUAUGUAUGGUUUUUCUGGGUUGUGAAUGGAUCGAGCACUUUGUUGCAUAUAUUUGGCUUUUAUCUA